AUGGGGCGGAAGAAGAAGACGCUGCACGACUACGCGGCGGAGUUCACGGAGCUGGCGGUGAAGCGGCACCUGCUGGAGCGCGGCGCCGCCGGCGAGGCCGCCGUGGUGGAGACGCUCUACUGCACGUCGUGCGAGCUGCCCAUGCGGGUGCGGCGCGACCGCAUCCUCGAGCACCUCUCCUCGGGCCGCCACUACCGCAACCGCCGCCUCGGCCGCCAGCCGGGGCUGCGCGCCCCGCUCCUCCUAGUCUCUGGAGCCAUUAUUUGUUCCCCACCUGAAGAAGCUUCUGAGAUUGUAAUAGAGGCUUUACGAGCUGGGAAAGGUGUAUUUUGCGAGAGGCUCCCCGGUUUAGACAGGCAGACAGCGGAAGCUUGUUUUGAUGAAGCUGACAGAUGUGGAAGACCAUUGCUUUGUGGAUUCUACAAGCGUUUUGACCCGGCGAUCCAGUUCUUGUAUAAAAAAGUCCGUGACAGCCAGGCCUUGGGGAGGAUUCACCGGAUAUCGGCGAUUAGCAGCGUAUAUCCAGCAGCUUCUCUUAGCUUCCUAAAAAAGUCAGGUGGAAUUUUUUAUAAUGCUGCUGUGCAUGAUAUAGAUAUCAUUGGUUUGUUGUUGGGAGAGAGUGCGCCAGAUACGGUGUUUUCACUGGGACACGCGUUCUGUGCAGAUAUGGCCUGCUUGAAGGAUGCAGACACUGUAGCAGUCAGCAUGAAAUUUCCUAGCGGAGCAAUUGUUACUUUGGACAUCAGUCAGCACUGCACUAAAAGCUGUGAUCAGAGACUAGAGGUUCACGGUUCUCAAGGAACGUUACGGGUAGAUAAUCAGAAUCCCCUGGGAAUUACAGAGCAUGGAACUUCUGUAUCCAUCUAUUCCCAAACCCAAGCCGAUCGUUACAGAGAGGCGCACAGACAGCUCUUUCGACACUUUCUUAGGACCCUGAAAGGCAAAGAACGGGCUGUGAUAACCAAAGAGCAGUUUCUCUGGACAAUUCAGGUAGCUGCAGCUGCUGAACAGUCCUGGAGAAAUGGCUCUGCUGUUGACUUACGCAACGAAGCAAAAGACCCGUCUGUAAUCAAGACUGAAACAGAGUGAGGCACGCUGCUGUUCUGAGGUGGAGGAUAAGCUUUGAGCUGUGCUACAGCGAAGUCUUUUUACCUGGUGAUGUCUCCACUGUUACCCUGCUUUUAUAUAAGAGACUUACUUUGUACGUUUCCACUGGAAACGGCCAGAACUUGGAGGCCCAUUUGAGCUAGAAGGGCUCCGUGUUGCCGGUGCUUCUUGGCACAGCAGCCAGGACCCUCCAGAAGAGUUACGUGCAGUCUUGUCCAGGUGGUGUUUUCUUCUGGGAGCUUUGUUGCUCGUGGAGCGUUGUUUCCUGGGGAGAGGAGCAGCGCUCCUCGGGACGCGGCAGGGAGGUGUAAACCACCGGGCAGGUGGCAGCCGUGGAAACGAGAUGGCCUAAUGCUCGGGAAAUGGGAGCGUUCGGCUGGUCCGUGCUCGCUUCCCUCCAGUACGUGCGGCCUCUGCGCCAGACUCGCUCUUGGGCCGCUUAUUUAUUUUGUUUUUUAAUGGGUUUUCUAAAUUUUUGCUAUGGAUUUCAUACACAGCUGUGAAGUUAUGGUCAUCUACCUUUCUUGGCGGGUGGGGAGGAUUGGAAAAGCAGGGAGAGAGUCUCGCCGCUGCGCUGACUGCAGCGAGAGGAGGAGUGGUGGGACAGCCACGAAUCACGAGUGUCCCACAGAGGCGCAGCGCACUUGGGCGUUCCCCUAAUAAACGCUGCAUUGGGAAAAACGCUUUCCAGGAUGCAGUCUGUGAACGUGAGCGGUGACCCCGUGCAGCCUCUGUGACGGAGGGGUGUGCGCGGUGGCUGGGUUAUCCGGUACCGGGGUUCAGCGGUGGCUGGAUUACUCGGCGCAACAGCGAGGUAGCUGUCGGCGUGCUUUUGUUUGCCUUGCUUAAAUGCAAACCUUGUUUGUUAAUAUUUUAAUAGCAAAAGUGAGCAACAGUUGCCUUCCUUGAGUGCAGGAAGGGUGGUGAUUACAUACUUUAAAGGCUUCUUUUUUUACAGUCCAGCACAUUUGGAAUAUACAUCACAGAAGAAGACAGUGCCUUCAACAACAGACAAGUCUGCUUUCAAGCCAGGUUAUUUUUAUCUUUUUAUUCUUACGUUGAGCUUAUUGCAGAUAUGCAGAUUGGACUGUUCUUGCCUGUAUUUCUCAUAUGCCAGUUUUCAAGCUCUUUUGAAAGCUUUUUUUAUUGUAUUGAAAGACUAUCCUUGCCUUGAGUGUUAGUUGAUGCACGUCACUUUUCUUCUCGAAAGAUUCCUUAAUUCUGUCUCUUUCCGAUCCUAUAUUUGCAGUAUAAGACUAAAACUAGAAAUAACUGGGACAUUUGUAACUAAACACAAUUGUCUUGUGGAAAUUGUUUUUAACAGUGUAAUUUUUUUCAAACAUGAGAAAGCUGUGUCUUGAUGAUAAAGAUUGCUAUCACUUUUCUGCCCUAUUUUCUGGUCAUUUCUUGAGAAAACGGUCUUCUUCAGGAAGAGGUGGGCGCUCACCUCUUCAGGCGAGAUCGUUCCAGCAGCCUGCCCGGCGGCGAGCAGCCCCCGCGCCGCGGCCGGGGCUCCGCGUGGAAGCGAGGGGGGCGGCGGGCCCGAGGAGCGGAGGGAAGCGGGGGCUUCCCGAAAGGAGACGGGCCUCUUGCCUCCGCGGAGCGAGCCGCUCUCGCGCCUGCCCCCGCAGCAGGACCUCGUGGCUGCGGGAGAAGCGCUCUGCUCCCUCGGGCCGCUCGUUCCCGCGCCCCUGACGGCGGGGGAGGCGCUUCCACGGCCUCUCGCUUCGGGAAGCGCUCGUGUUCUCGGCAGACCUGCUUGGCUGUGACUUUGCUUCGCUGGUGAAGCAAGACAGCUCCGGACAAUUUCCAGAGGGGACACCGCGGCUGUGGAGCUGGCGCUAGCGCUGUGAGAGCGCUUCCCACGCGAGCACGAUGAGUAUACUGUAUGUACACUGCGGUCUGUCUAUACACACCCAAAUAUUUAAGUACACGAACACAUCUGCAAGUGACAAAACAGGCGCUCUCUCUGCCCUACAAAGAACUGAGGGAGACGGACGCUUUUUGGCAGCCCAUCGGGAAAGCAGAUGGGUUUUGCUGCUUUGUGUCUGUCAGCGGCAGGUACCUUUACGGAAAACGGAGCAGAUGCGAGAACCCGCUUUUACAGUGACAAAGACCUGCAGGGUUUGGACAUCGCUGAGGAUACGGAGCAGGGAGAGACAUGAAGAAAAGAAGGCGAGUUUUGCUAACAGGAAAAUGUAUGUGCUGUCUUUGUGCUGCAUCGGUCUGAUGCAAGGAUGGUCCAGUAAGAUAGGAAGUGGCGUUAUAAAGCAGCAAACGACUCUUCCUCAGUCGGAAAACGUCCACGUUCUGCUUCGCGAGUUGUUUCAGCUGCCCUUUCCUUCCCCUUGAUCCUCUGAUAAAACCCAUGGAAUUUCCUUUCCGAGGAAGGUACCUAAUGAGUGGAUCAGGCCGUGCUUUCUCAAGGGCUCGGAGUUCCCGGCUGUCCAGUGAAACGACGUUUUCAGCCAGACACUCGAGAGACUGAAAAUAAUUUGCUGUUUUUCAUACGGGGUUUCACUUUUUUCUGUGUUCUUUUAACUCUGGUCCAGUCUCUUACUGCUGCCUCCUGGAGAGCUUCAGUUGAUCUCUCCCUCGGUGAACUCUUCCUUUAUGGACUGCUUGCGGGAUUUGCAGUCCGGGAGGUCAAACCCGAAGUCCGCCCACUCGUCGGCCCCGCUGCGGUUGGGGAUGGUGAUGGUGUGGCGCACGCGGAAGUGCACCGCCUCCAUGACGCGCUGCCGCUGCAGCUCGCCAGAGCUGCCGAUGGAGAUCGUGGAGGCGUUGCUGCUGGAGCGGAUGAGCUGCUGGGCCCCGUAGUCGUGGCUCUGCUUGAGAUCCUGAAGGCCUCUCCAGAUAAUCAUCCUGUACUGCUCUGGGAUCUUCAGUGCUCCGAGAUCCUGGAAGAACAACACUGCUGAGGCACGUCCGACAACCAGGAGAGGCUCAGGAAUAGGGAUGGGAACAAGCCCCGAGACCCCUGAGCAUGUGCUUCAGAGGCAGCGUAUGGGCACAAAGUCGACGCAUGCACCAACCGUGCUCCUGGGCCUCCCCGUGUCGUGGCACCAAGCCCACAGGUUUUCCCACCUUGGGUAAUUUCUCAUUUGUAACCAGCGGCCAGUUACUCACGUACAGCUUUGCAGGUUAGAGAACAACGUUUCUCUUAUUUAGGGUGGGAGGAGGAGAAGCAAGUUACUGCUUCACGUAAAACCAACGGGAAAACGGGAAGGACUGGGCCUCUCGCCUUCCGACACCGAUUGCAGAGCAGCAUGUGCAGUGUCCUGUUGUCCUGUUCACCUGCAUAAGGAGGCAGCAGCCUCGCUGGUCUGUGGUCACUUCUCUCCCCAGGUCCUGCCCUGAGAGAUUGGAGCUGCGUUUCUAGGCAUCGCGUACCACACAGGAGGGCACUGAUGGCUUUGGGGAUGGGCCACGUUUCUCAAACUGUGUUGGGACCAAUCCCAUGUCAGGCGUGUUACUGCACCAACACGGGCAGUGGCAGAUUACCGUGACAGACGUGAAGGGCCGAGGUUACAACGCUAAAUGAGCUCGAAAAUCUCAGGGACGGUGGCCUGCGCGCAGAUGCCUGCGUCAGAACGAGCACCGUUGCAACGGAGAGCUGCUAGAGACCCACGUUAAUGCCAAACACGGAGAAUCACGGAAGUGUUAACUAGAGAAGACCGCAAGUGUGCAAUUAGUAAUUACAAACGUCAACUUGGACACACAGCUCAGCAAUCUGGUAUAACGUUUUGACUGUACCAAACGUUUCUUUUGACGGCUCACAGAUAAUAACGGAGUUAGUUCAGAAAAUGUUCCAAAACCAGGCUAAGAUUAUGCAACUGGCCCCAGCUACCAAUGAAAAAUCAUUGUGUCUUCAACAACUGCAUCACUGAAACGUGUUCUCGUAUUUUAUUUCAGCUGCCAGAUAGAAGACAACUGCUACAAACUACUUAGAGGCAAAACAGAAUCAGAGUCAGAGCUUGGACUCGGCCAAAAUACUGCUGCUAGCAUUGACUCUGGCUGAAAAGGUUUAAGCUGUUUUCCUCUUCUGGUUACGAGUGACCUUGGUGUUUGCACCGAGAGUUGCGCUUUAGCCAAGAAUUGCAGUAGCAAACCCUUCUCCCCCCAGCAGCAGAGGGCUGUAAUAGCAAGAGUUUCUAACGUAGCUUAUACAAGUUUUCAUUCUGGCUUUGGCCUAACCUGUGCUGUUUGACCCCAGGUUGGAACAGCGAGUCCCGGGAUACAGAGAUCCUGGGUGUGACUCGCUAAUUUAUCUUCUUUUGUCUGACAGACACACUGAAGAUUUACGUGGGAAGACGUAAGAUCGGAGCUAUAGGUCUGGUUUAAAACUCACUGAAAUACAGUGGAAGUCUUCCCACUGAUUCUGUGGGCUUUGGACGAUUUUGCUGAGUACCUCAGUUUGUUCUCCUAUAUGUUAGGUAAAAGCGUAUUUAUUUGAGUUCUGAUCUCGGUAUCUUUUAGCUCUUUUUAGGUGUCCCAGAAAGAAGUACUGGAGUUUAUUAUUUUGUUUUUCCUUGUUAUCCUAUAAGCUUGUCAGCCCUCCCUUCUGACUCUCUGGAAGAGUCGGCAGAGCAGACCAUUGGGAUUGCUACCAAGGACUGAACUGCCACUAAAUCUGAAGGACUAGAAAGGAACGCGUAGAUCACGGGGAACAUAUAGCUUGUGUGACAGGUUGGUGCACGUUUUCUCCCUUUCUUUCAGAACUGUUUUGUCCCUGCUUUUAAGAUCAACAGCUGAUAGAAACAAGCGGUAAGAACAGAUCUUCUCAAAGCAUUUACCUCUAUGGAUAGGUUCUGCAGGUGGUAAAUAUUCUGUAACCCUUGUGAGGUGAAAUAGUCGAUGCAGUUUGGACACCCCAAUCCUGUUAAAAAACUGCAGAAAAAAUUUGGAAAAUAAAGUGGCGUUAACUUCU